AUGGGAAACUUGAACAAACCCGGGAAGCCUAAAAGUAAACGGCAGCCUGUGCGACUCCGGCAUAAAAUUGAGAAAGCCUCAGCAGCAAAGCAAAAAAAGGCGCGGAAGGCAGCAAAAAAGAAUCCUGAAUGGCGGUCCAAGAUAAAAAAAGAUCCUGGCAUUCCCAAUCUGUUUCCCUUGAAAGACAAAAUAUUAGCAGAGAUAGAGGAAUCCCGAAGAAGAAAGACAGAAGAGGCUGAAAAGAGAAAAACAAAUGCAAAGACAGCUAGAAACCAAGAUAAAUCUGGAGAGCAGGUGGAAAUGGAGGUUGAAGCAAGGAUGGAGGGAGUUGAAGGACAAGAAGCUCUGGAUGAAGAAAUGCACGAAGAUACUAGCGAUGAAGCAAAUCCGAUGGCUGCCUUACUAGCUUGUGCUAGAGCAGCUGCAAAAGAUUAUGAGGAUAACCCUGAAUCGGAGGAUGAAAUGGACGAAGAUGUCUCCGACGACGACUCCGACGACGAUAAAGUUGAAACAUUAAAUCUUGGCUCCCGCAAAGAUGGAUCAAGAAAGGCAUUUGAUAAAGUUUUUAAGCAAGUCGUUGACCAGGCUGAUGUAGUACUAUACGUUCUAGACUCUCGUGAUCCCGAAGGAACAAGAUCUAGGGAGGUGGAACGAAUGGUCAUGGCAGCUGCCAGCGGUGGAAAACGCAUGAUUCUCAUUCUGAACAAAAUAGACUUAAUUCCUACCUCAGCCCUCAAAGCCUGGCUUACCUAUCUCCGCCAUUAUUUUCCUACAAUUCCGCUGCGAGCUUCAGGCCCAGCACCGAAUGCUUGUACCUUCAAUCAUAAGAAAUUGACUGUCCAAAAUACGUCAGCAACCUUAUUUAAGGCUUUAAAAGCUUACGCAGCAGCUAAACAGCUGAAAAGAUCUAUCUCUGUGGGCGUCAUUGGCUACCCAAAUGUAGGAAAAUCCUCAGUUAUCAACGCCCUUUCCUCACGUCUCAGCGGAUCUAGUCUAGCCUGUCCUGUCGGUGCUGAGGCGGGCGUAACCACAGCUUUACGAGAGGUCAAAAUCGAUGGCAAGCUUAAACUUUUAGAUUCACCCGGUAUUGUUUUUCCAAGUGUAGGAAAUGGCGGUAAGGAAUCUAGGCAACAAGAACAGGCUCGAUUAACUCUCCUGAACGCUAUGCCCCCGAAGAUGAUCGGUGAUCCUAUACCAGCUAUUACUUUGCUCCUAAAGCGUCUCUCUGCUUCUAAGGAAAUGUAUGAAAAGCUCUUAAGAGUAUAUGAUUUACCGCCGCUAAUGACGCGAAACGGAGAUCCAACUAUGGACUUCCUAGCGCAGGCAGCGCGGAAGAGGGGUCGACUAGGCAAAGGAGGUGUACCCAACAUCAACAGUGCAGCCAUGAUGGUCCUUACAGAUUGGCGAGACGGCAGGAUCCAAGGCUGGACUGAGGCACCCGUACUGCCUGUUUCCUCGUUUUCGGAGACAGGACAGACACUUCCAGAAGGACUUGUCACUGGUGAUCAAAAACAGAUCGUGACAGAGUGGGCAGCCGAAUUCAAAAUUGAGGGGCUGUGGGGAGACGGCGAGAGCGAAACAUUCGCUGAGGAAGGUUAA